AUGCUCACUAGCAAUGUCAGACGCGCCCAUCUUCACACCCCUGUUCCUGCAACCCCAAAGACCUUUGACACCUACAUGCAGAAGACCCAUCAUGCGCUGCUGCAACUUGUAACGCAGCGGGGCAUCACCGUCCUGCCGGCCCCAGGUGCAACAAAGGUCUUGAAGAGGGAUAUGGUCAGGGCAUUAAUAGAAGACAAUGAACUACAGCAGGCGCAGUCAACAAUUGUCGCUGAUAAUGAUGGGAUGGAGACUGUGAAUAAGGAUGUCGAACGGCUGCGCGUGACUGAUGACAGUCCGGCACCUCAUACUCCUUCUCCAGCUCCUCGGCCCAGGCCCCAGGAACGUAGAUCUUAUAUGGUUGAUAAUCUCACGAUUCCUAUUAACCCACCUCCAUAUAAGGAUACAUCAUCGCACGCUUUUGGCACACCUAUCAGCCUUAGCGAUGUUCUCUCUCCAGCGCAAGGUCUAGAUGAGACGCCUCCUAGUUUCCGUGCUGCUCGACAGAUCAACAACCAGCUCAGUCUGAUGCUUAAUAUUGACAACCAAAUCAGCCCUUUACCUCAGACCGUCUCGCUUGAUGUUCUAAACCUUGCAGAAGCCCAUCGCGUGGUAAUGCAGUCUGUUCAGUACAUUCAGCUUGUCGAAGAAGACCCCGAGUACAGCGCGACUUUUCAUGACUUCCAGGUAAAUCUGGAACAAUCAGCCGCCAAAUCUGCAAGUGACGAGUCUAAUGCUGAUGUUUCAGGCCCUAACGGUUGCAUAGCUAUAGCGCUUACGGUCUCUGGUGAUGCAUCCCAGGACACAACUGUCAUGCACACCAAGAGCGGUCAGGGUGAAUAG